AUUACGGUAAAUAAUAAUACUGUUUUAUAUAUAAAUGUUUUGUCUUCUCUCUUUGUCACAGUGAUACAAGCUCAACCGUUUCCCUUUCAAUCCAAGGGAAGAACAAAGAUUCAAUUCAUGGCGGCUGCAAAGCUUCAAGCUUUAUGGAAUCAUCCUGCUGGGCCAAAAACAAUUCACUUCUGGGCACCUACCUUUAAGUGGGGCAUCAGCAUAGCUAACAUUGCUGAUUUCUCUAAACCACCUGAGAAACUUUCUUAUCCUCAGCAAAUAGCGGUCACAGCUACCGGAAUUAUCUGGUCUCGUUACAGCACAGUUAUCACUCCAAAAAAUUGGAACCUGUUUAGUGUAAACAUUGCAAUGGCAGGAACAGGCAUAUACCAACUCUCACGAAAAUUGCGGCAUGAUUAUUCCUCUGAGGCGGCUGUGACGAAAGAAUGAUGCCCAGGCUGUAAUUUCAGUUGUUCCACAUAUAAUUGUAUUUAUACUUUUGGACGUGCUGUUCAUUUUUACUUUUACAAGUUUCAAACUGCUGAAAAAUAUUCUCACUUGUGUGCUACUGUAUUUGACUUUGGUAAAAUAAGGUAAUCAAGAUUAGCGGGCAACUGAAUACAAUUUGUUGUUAUAAUUA